UAGAUGUACAGCAGCGCGGAAGGUUUGUUGCACCGCUAACGCAGGAGAACUGUUACCCGUCCGAUAAUCUCACCGGCUGCCUUGGCUGUUUCAUUCAAGUAAGGAUAUUGACACGUUGGUCAGGCUUCGCCGGCCAGACAAAGUGAUUCGCCGUUUUAAUUUCAGGUUUGGAAGUCACUCAGGCUGAGGGGUUGACACAACGAUGGCUACCCAGUCGGACCUUAUGGAGCUCGAUAUGGCAAUGGAGCAGGAUCGUAAAGCUGCUGUAAGUCACUGGCAGCAGCAGUCAUACCUGGAUUCAGGUAUUCACUCUGGGGCAACCACCACAGUACCAUCUCUCUCAGGCAAGGGCAACCCUGAAGAGGAAGAUCUGGACAACCAGCUUUAUGAGUGGGAGCAGGGCUUCAACCAACCCUUCACACCUGAACAGGUGGCAGACUUGGAUGGGCAGUAUGCCAUGACCCGUGCCCAGCGUGUCCGCGCUGCCAUGUUUCCUGAGACUCUUGAUGAGGGCAUGCAGAUUGCUUCUACUCAGUUUGACACUACUCACCCCACCAACGUGCAGAGGCUGGCUGAACCUUCCCAGAUGCUCAAACAUGCGGUGGUCAACCUCAUUAACUACCAGGAUGAUGCUGAGCUGGCCACCAGAGCCAUUCCAGAGCUCACUAAACUGCUCAAUGAUGAGGACCAGGUGGUGGUGAACAAGGCAGCAGUGAUGGUGCACCAGCUCUCUAAGAAAGAGGCUUCUCGCCACGCGAUCAUGCGCUCCCCACAGAUGGUGUCUGCCAUCGUGAGGACCAUGCAGAACACCAAUGAUGUAGAGACUGCCCGAUGCACUACUGGCACCUUGCACAACAUAUCCCACCACAGAGAGGGCCUUCUCGCCAUCUUUAAGUCAGGAGGAAUCCCUGCUCUUGUUAAGAUGCUGGGAUCUCCUGUGGACAGUGUACUGUUUUAUGCCAUCACCACCCUGCACAACCUCCUGCUUCAUCAGGAAGGUGCAAAAAUGGCUGUUCGUCUAGCUGGAGGCCUUCAGAAGAUGGUGGCCCUACUCAACAAAACCAACGUCAAGUUCCUGGCCAUCACCACAGACUGCUUACAGAUCCUGGCUUAUGGCAACCAGGAGAGCAAGUUAAUCAUCCUGGCCAGUGGAGGACCUCAAGCUCUGGUGAACAUCAUGAGAACAUACACGUAUGAGAAACUGCUCUGGACCACAAGCCGUGUGCUGAAAGUGCUGUCCGUGUGCUCCAGUAACAAACCUGCCAUCGUUGAAGCUGGUGGUAUGCAGGCUCUUGGCCUUCACUUGACCGAUCCAAGCCAGCGUCUGGUACAGAACUGUCUAUGGACACUCAGAAACUUGUCAGAUGCUGCCACAAAGCAGGAAGGAAUGGAGGGACUUCUUGGCACUCUGGUUCAGCUUCUUGCUUUAGAUGACAUUAACAUGGUCACCUGUGCAGCUGGCAUCCUGUCCAACCUCACAUGUAACAACUACAAGAACAAGAUGAUGGUUUGCCAAGUGGGUGGGAUUGAAGCCCUGGUCCGCACCGUUCUCAGAGCUGGUGAUAGAGAAGAUAUCACAGAGCCUGCUGUCUGUGCCCUGCGCCAUCUUACCUCCAGACACCAAGAUGCUGAGAUGGCCCAGAACGCAGUGCGUCUCCACUAUGGCUUGCCUGUAGUGGUCAAACUGUUGCACCCACCCUCACACUGGCCACUAAUUAAGGCCACUGUCGGUCUCAUUCGUAAUCUGGCACUAUGCCCAGCCAAUCAUGCACCACUACGAGAGCAAGGUGCGAUUCCGCGAUUGGUCCAACUGCUGGUGAGGGCACACCAGGACACCCAGAGACGCACUUCUAUGGGUGGCACUCAGCAACAGUUUGUGGAGGGGGUUCGUAUGGAGGAGAUUGUGGAAGGCUGCACCGGAGCACUUCACAUCCUGGCCAGAGAUGUACACAACAGAAUUGUCAUCAGGGGGCUCAACACCAUUCCCCUGUUUGUGCAAUUGCUCUAUUCACCCAUUGAGAACAUCCAGCGCGUAGCAGCAGGAGUUCUCUGUGAGCUGGCUCAGGAUAAGGAGGCGGCAGAAGCAAUUGAGGCAGAAGGAGCCACAGCUCCUCUCACAGAGUUGCUGCACUCCAGGAAUGAGGGAGUGGCUACAUACGCGGCAGCAGUGCUGUUCCGCAUGUCCGAGGAUAAACCUCAGGACUACAAGAAGCGGCUUUCCGUGGAGCUCACCAGCUCCCUCUUCAGAACAGAGCCCAUGGCCUGGAACGAGACUGGUGAUCUAGGUCUUGAUAUGGGUGCUCAGGGAGAGCCUCUUGGAUACAGACCAGAUGACCCCAGCUAUCGUUCUUUCCAUUCUGGGUAUGGGCAAGAUGGACUGGUUAUGGAUGGCAUCCUGGAACAUGAGAUGGGAGGCCACCACCCUGGAGCAGAGUACCCAGUGGAAGGUUUGCCCGACUUGGGUCACGCUCAGGACCUGAUGGACGGCCUGCCCCCUACAGACUCCAAUCAGCUGGCAUGGUUUGACACAGACCUCUGAACACUCUCUCGCACAGUAUAAAAGUAGUGAAGCUAUAUUGUUGAAUGAAUCUGCAUUGUGAUUUUUGAAGAGUCGUGGAAGGUUUGCCAGAGGGUGGGCUAGUGUUUCAGAAAGUGCCUGACACACACUUGUCACAGACAAAAGUGAUAUUUCUAAUGGGAAAUAAUGGAAGUCGGUCUCUUUUUAUUGCUCCGACCCCUUUUGUUCCUUGCCCAACUUGACGCGGAUGCUUAUGAGCGGACAUGAAGAGGAUCUUUUAAAGAUUGAACUAUAAAUCUUUUAGCCUUUCAUUUAUUACAUCUUUUUUUGUACUCUUUCUUUUCACCCCAAAUCAGCCUUUUCAUGGUACUGACCCUAGCUUUAUUUUAAAAAGUUUUUUUUUUUUUCUUCUUUUGACAAUUUGUAUUCCUUUUAUGUCUUCUAUGGUGUUAAGUUGUUGUGAACUUGCCUCCAUUUUGUUUCAGGAUCUUUAUCACGUGCUAGUGUACAACACUAAUCUCACUUCCUAUGUAAUCUGACUGAAAGUGUAACGAUGUGUGGCUUUUUAUAUGAUCAUUUGUUAAAAUGGUGGUUGUUGGGAGUAAAAAUUAUAUGCAUUCUUACAAAUGCUUAAAAGGUUAGCAAAGAGAAGUGGUCUUCAAUGUCACUAUUGUUCCAAAAAGGGUGUGAAGAAUGGGGGGUGGGGGGUAAAUGGGGGCUUAUGAGUUAUACACAGAGAUGGAAAUCUUUUCUGUGCUAUCUGGAGGCAGUCUCUAUUGAAGCAACGUCAUUGUUUGUUAGCCUGUUCGGCUUAUUUUGGGAACAUGGAUAAGGACGUGGCUAAUCAUUAAAAGACUUCUAUUCAUUUCUCUGUGUUUGAGUGAUACCUAAAAAAAAAAGUGAUUAUUGGAUGAAUUUUAUAAAAACAUGUCUGGGUCACAUUUCGUUCUGUCUGUGCACUUUAUUCAUUUUUAGGACCCCCCCCCCCAUGAAAAUAAAUUCUCAUUUACUCAUUAAAAUACUUAUAGAAAAUUUAAUUUGCUGAAGUCGUACCAUAUACCUAUGUUUUUAUUU